GCCCUGGCAAAGGAGUUGGCCAGCACCAAGGCCAAGCUGGCUGAGACCACCAGCAAGCAGCACGCGCCGUCCAUGGAGGUCGACGAGGGCGCAGAGCACUGUGAGGGCCAGGGUGACUCCUUGGACCAGAAGAGGGCGCGCCUUGAGGAGGUCGACGCUGCGCUGCGGGCCAUCGCCGGCUCCAGCGAGGUCCUGUUCGAGACGGCUCGGGUCGAGCUGGAGGACACUCGCAAGAAGCUCAGCGCGGAGCUGGCCGCUGCGAAGCCCGUCCCAGCGCAGCUGCGCACCCUGUCCUUCAAGCUGGGCAAGCUCGAGCAGAAGCGCGCCAAGCAGGAGGAGGCCCUGCAGGCAGCCAAGGACAAGGUCGUGCAGGCCAACAAGGAGGCGGAUGAGGCCACGCAGCAGCUCGCCGAGUCCGACGCGGCGAUCUUGGAGCUCCAGCAGGAGCAGACGCGGCUCGCCGCCACGCUCCCUCGUCCACCAGCUGGAGGCGUCUCGCCAAAGGCUGACAUCGUCGAGGGGCUCGGCGUCACCAUCGAGAAGCUGGGCGCGAUGUUGGCGGAGCUCGGCGACAGCGGGGUGCUCGCGGAGAAGCUUGGCGCGGUGCUGGGCGAGGUCCGUGAGUACGAGCAGCGUAAGGUCGAGGCCGCAGCGCAGGAGGCCAAGGCUGCGGCCGAGGCAAGGGCGACCCAGGCCAAGGCUGAGCCUGUGCCCAGCCAGGGCGCCAAGGAGUCGGAGGCAGGCCCAGACCUCCCAGACCCCGACACGGCGACCGAGGAGGAGCUGCGCGAGGUGCGCAAGAUCACCGACGCGCUGGGCGGCUGGCGCGAGGUCAAGAGGGCCAAGGCCAGCGCUGCCCGCAGCAUGCGGAGGGCCCAGCUGCUGGAGCGCGUUGGAGCGCGCGAGCAGGCCUUGACUAAGGCGAGAGCGCGCCGGCGCCGAGGCAAGGCCUCCAGCAAGGUCGGCCUGUCUGCGGCCGAUCGAGACGUACUGCUUCCUCGACGAGCAGGGCAGGGGCCUGCUGCUGCCUCUGGCUCCCAGGCGGCUUGCUCUGCGGUCGGAUCUGUCGGGCUUCAGGUUGGGAAUCGCACCGAGGCUCUCGGCAGUGCAGCGGGAGACCGCAGCAUAGCAGCGGGAGACCGCAGCGAGCCACCGUUUGGGCAGACUGGCCGAGGUGAUGACGAGGCAGACCGCGGAGGCCGUCUGGGCGGCAACGACUACGGGGAGGUUUGCUCAGGCAUCGGAUCUGCCGGGCUUCCAGCUGGGACGACUGGCGGAGGUGAUGGCAAGGAUGACGCUUGGGGCCGCCCAUUCCCCUUUUCUCACACAGGUGCAGAUGAAGAUGGUAAUCAUGUUCCUGACCGCAAGGGUUCUAUUGUGACUUUCAAUUGCUCUGAGGAGGGCCAGCUAUUGCGCUUCCUCGACUCCUGCGAGCACACUGUGGUGGCUAUACAAGAGCACCACGUCGCAGAGGAUCGUCUUCCAGAUCUGCAGCAUCGAGCUCUGGACCCUGGCUGGCAUGGAGUCUGGAGCUCGGCCACCAAGACGGGCAACCAGGAGGGCACCCAGGCGGGCCUGGCCAUCCUGGCGAAGGGAGACGCGCUGGUCACG